UUCAACUUUUGCCGCCUUCACUGGCCGGCGUCCUUUACAGCGAUGGCGUUUCCAGUUCCCUCUCAUUUACCUCGUCGAGCAGAACCGCAAGAUGUUACCUCGAAAAUUCUUUCGAAAAUGGAUGAGGCGACCAAUAAGACACUGAAUUCAAGUCUCGCCAGAGCCUGGCUCAACGAACUUGACGAAACCAUACAGAGCACCAAACAACGUAUUCAUGACCGCAUUCACUCGGAUUAUCCUCAAUUUGAGGAGCAGUUGGUGACGUCCAGGACCAUACAGGAACGACUGAGAACGCUGAAGAACAACGUUGACGAUCUGGGAAAUUCAAUAUCAAAUCCCGAGACAGGUCUAGUUCCGACGCUAAUGGACGCGUUGAAGGCCCAUUCCGCGUUAGCCCGUGAAGCAGCCAAAGCGAAAAUCCGGCAUGAAGCUCUCGAACACCUGUCGAAGUGCUAUGCGAAAUAUCAGGAACUAUCAUCUCUAUCUGAAGCUGGGAAAUUACCAAGUGCUAUUCACUGCUGCGAAAAUCUUUCGCAACUAAUACAGUGUGCACCUUCACCCUUGGAGCAAACAACGGUCAUGCGUGAUCUCAAACAAAAGUUCAACGCCACCAGAGCAAGAACCGAGGAGCAGCUUAGUGAUGCUUUCGUCCGGAGUGUUUCUGUUUCCUUCCAGGAGGUAUCGAUCCACGGCUUAGUACAAGUCCGUCAAUCAGAGACGUCCCUGUCUCUACAGGAUAUUCUGUCCUCCUUGUCGUCAGACGCCCUUUCCAAUCAUCUGUCCACCCUUCGACGGGAUAUCACCACUCAUUUCAUUGAAGGUUUCCUCAAACAGCCUCUGUCAUUAACCUCGUCGUCUGAAGGAGAGGUCCAUAAACUACUCUGGUUUCCUUCACCCCCCAACAACGAAGCCCUUCCUACGCGUCUUAGCAACCUCUCACAAACGUUGGAAUUCAUGUCUAUUCAUUUCUUCUCUAAACUUCCCGCUCCACAGCAGAAGACGUUUCCCCGUUCACUAUGCAAAUCCCUCGCGAACAAUGUACUCAACACGUUACUAAUUCCCGCAUUACCCAGUUCAUUUGCAGACCUACCUCCUUAUCUAGAAUUAGUGCAGGAGGCAGUGGCUUUUGAGAAGAAGUAUGUCAUCGAACUUUUGGGGAACAACGACAACGACGAGCAAGUCAAGCAGUGGGCGGGUGGUGUAGGCAAUCACUAUGAACGGCGAAGACGUACAUCCGUAUUGGACGAAACGCGCAAGGCCAUUAUCGAACCAGAAAACCCUUCUGACGUCUUCGUAGUUGAAGUUGAAAUAUCCCGCGAGCAUGAAAAUCCCGCUGUCAUUCCUAUUCAGCCUCCAGUUGACGAACCUCCUUUCAAACACGAUGACGAAACUUGGGGCUUUGAUUCCGAUGACAAGGCUGAUGUUGACGGUUGGGGUUUUGACGAUGAUGUAGAGGAGAAGACUGAUGCAGCCUCGUCCACUGAAGUUCCGCAGAGCGAUGGGAAUGCGGAUUCUGGAGAAGAACCGGACCCUGGGGAUGCCUGGGGAUGGAAUACGGAGGAAGAUCAGUCGUUUGACAGCGGAGAAGCGACUGACGAGUCCGCAUGGGAUGACCCUUGGGGAGAAAGUUCCGCAUCCUCAGAUGCUGCAGAGGUCCAAUCCCCUCCUCCCUCGAUCAAACCAGCUAAGGUGGCCAGGCGCCUCGAGAAACUCGCCAAUAAAGGAAAGAAACGGAACAUUGACAGUGUCUCCUCAAGCUCUCCAGAAAUGGUACAGUCAACAGACUCUAAUUCACGUUCUCCACCAAGAUCUUCGGCGCCCAUGCAGCCUCCUUUAAAAACACCUAAGGGACCUCCCGAACUGUCACUAACAUUACCAAAAGAGACGUAUGUUGUGUCUUCCCGGAUGCGUCAAAUUCUUGCUAUUGUGAACGACGUAUUACGCGAAAGUCACCAGUUUGCAAGUUCGCAUCUCACCACGAACCACGACCCAGAGGCCGCACAGCCUGGCUCAGUUCUCGCACGGACAGCUGCUUCGGUAGUAGAUCUGUACCGAGCUCUGUUUCCCUCCGUAUUUAGUGCUCAACUGGAGUCCGUAGAGGGACCGAUUCGGUAUUCCAAUAACUGUCUUUAUCUGAGCCAGGAGGUCGAACAUUUAGGUGCAUCUCAUAAUCUGAAGGAACUGCAGGAUUGUGGACACCGUUUGAAAGUACUGGGGAAUAGUUGGUAUGCUGAUGCCAUUGAGAAAUACCGGACAUCUGUCGACAAGAUACUUUCAGAAGGUGCAUCGGGGUUCACGUAUACUGGGGAACAGGAUAGGUAUGAUGAAUGCGAAAGUGCAAUGAAUCGUGUCAUUCAAGAAAUCCGACGGUUGCAGCGAUGGAAGAAUUUGCUGACCAAAAGCAAGUACUAUAUGGCUGUCGGUCUGGUGGUCGAUGCUGCGCUCUCUCGGGUUCUACAAGACAUCCUAGAGCUCCCUGACAUCCCAGAGAUUGAAUCGCAUCGUCUAGGUGAACUGUGCCGUAUUUUGCAUGCGUUGGAAGGUUUAUUUGUGGAAGAUCCUGAGCAGCCGUCAUUUGUCGCUGCUUAUGUUCCUUCUUGGCUGAAAUAUUCUUAUCUUUCUGAGUUACUGGAAGCUUCGAUGGCUGAUAUUACUUACCUAUUUGAGUCGGGCGUCCUGGUCGAUUUCCAGAUCGACGAGUUGAUUAAGCUGGUCAAAGCUCUCUUCGCUGAUACCCCAUUACGGACCAGUACUAUUAACAAGCUACAAGUAGGACACCCCGUCAUGUCGGAGGCGUAA